UAUUAUUUUAUCUUAAAGAUAGAUCCGAACCCAUUAUGCAAAGCAAGUCAAGACAAAAGAUCCAGGCUUGUGGCAUCUUGUCCUAUGGUACAUUGAAUCUUCAAAUCUCUACCAAAUGCACAAUUGUUAUGCCCUAUAAAGAGAGUGCAUUACUAUUAGUGAUAGCUUGUCCAUUCAGGUUGACAUUAAAAUCCGAAUAUACUUUGUCAAUGGAAGAGAUUCUUCUCCUAGUAAGCAAAUACUAUGAUAUUCUUCUGGCUUCAAUACUUGUCAUAAGUAUUACACUUUACUUAUCAAAGGUAUCAAGAAGAGCUAAAGAUGCAAAAAGCUGUAUACCUGGGAGUUUGGGAAUACCUUUUGUGGGCGAGACCUUUGCACUUCUAUCAGCAACCAACAGUGUCAAAGGUUGCUAUGACUUUGUUAGACUCCGACGCGAGUGGUAUGGGAAAUGGUUCAAAACUAGAAUUUUCGGGAAGAUACAUGUGUUUGUUCCAAGUGUUGAGGGUGCAAAAACGAUUUUUACCAAUGAUUUUGCUCUUUUCAAUAAGGGCUAUGUGAAAUCGAUGGCAGAUGCUGUGGGAAAGAAAAGCUUGUUAUGUGUUCCUCAAGAGAGUCACAAAAGGAUUAGGCGCCUCCUAUCUGAUCCUUUCUCUAUGAAUUCACUGUCAAAAUUUGUCCAGAGGUAUGAUAACAUGCUGUGUGAAAGAUUGAAGAAAGCACAAAAGGAACGGAAGAGCUUCACUGUGCUUGACUUCAACAUGAAGAUAAUACUUGAUGCAAUGUGUGAUAUGUUGAUGAGCAUCAAAGAUGCUUCGCUGCUAGAACAAAUUGAAGGAGACUGCACUACUGUUUCUGAUGCCAUGCUAUCAUUUCCAGUCAUGAUUCCAGGCACCAGAUACUACAAAGGAAUCAAGGCACGUAGGAGGCUAAUGGAGAUCUUCAAGGCAAUUAUAAAAAAUCGGCGGAAUGGGAAGGAAUAUCAUGAAGACUUCCUGCAGUCCAUGUUGGGGAAGGAUUCCUCUCCAGCCAAUCAAAAACUUGAUGAUGAAGAGAUCAUGGAUAAUUUGUUAACAUUGAUAAUUGCAGGGCAAACAACAACUGCAGCUGCAAUGAUGUGGAGUGUCAAGUUUUUGGAUGAGCACAGAGAAGCCCAGCACAGUCUUAGAGAAGAACAACUUUCAAUACUCAGAAGCAAGCCUAAUGGAGCGUUACUUACCAUGGAUGAUCUCAAUAGCAUGUCCUAUGCCACAAAGGUUGUGAAAGAAACAUUGAGGAUGUCCAAUGUACUGCUAUGGUUCCCUCGUGUUGCACUUAAUGACUGCACUAUUGAAGGUUUUGAAAUAAAGAAAGGGUGGUAUGCCAACAUAGAUGCAACAUGCAUACACUACGAUCCAACAUUAUACAAAGAACCUAUGCAGUUCAACCCUUCAAGAUUUGAUGAAAUGCAAAAGCCAUAUAGCUACAUUCCUUUUGGAUCAGGACCCCGAACUUGCUUGGGAAUUAACAUGGCAAAAGUGACCAUGUUGGUAUUUUUGCACAGAUUGACAAGUGGAUACAGGUGGACUGUUGACGAUCAAGACCUCAGCCUCGCAAGAAAAGCACAUAUCCCCAGAUUAAGAAGUGGGUGUCCAAUAACUUUGACAGCCUUGCAAGUUGAAUAGCAAACUUUUCCAAAUGGGCCCAUUAAGAAGAUGCCAUGUAUUAGUUCAAAUCAUGAAUCAGAGAACAACAUGAUAUUGCAUUAGAACUUAGAAGUACGUAAUGUAGCUACAAAAGUUUACUUGUGGAAGAAUGGGGCUUAGCAGUAGAUAGGAUAAUGUCAUCCACAAUUCAUAGUGUAUGAAUAAAAAAGAAUCUCUUCUUC